AUGGCCCAGGUGUCCAGUGCGUCUGUGGGCACCCGGCCGGCAGCUGCCGAAGAGGACCGGGGAGGUGUGCUGGUUAUUAAGUACUAUGAGGAAUUGAAGGACACCUUUCAGUAAUUUGUGGAGGACAAAAGAAAUGAACAGGAAGAGAGAAGGCGGGAGGCCAUUAAGCAGUGGCGCCAGUGGUAUUAUGAUGGCCUGUACCCACCAUAUCUCUUUAACCGUCACCACACCUGA